AUGAGCUCCCAAUUGCGAAAUGAUCUUGAGGAUGCGGCGAAUCGUAUGCGCAUCUCGUCGAUCGAGAUGACCUGCGCUAGCAAGUCGGGACAUCCGACGUCGUCGACAUCGGCUGCCGAAAUCAUGGCGACGCUGUUCUUCCAUGAAAUGCGCUAUGACAUCGCAGAGCCGAAAUCGGCGAGCGCCGAUCGUUUCGUUCUCUCCAAAGGACACGCCUGUCCGAUUCUUUACGCCGCAUGGGAAGAAGCCGGGCUUCUAAGCCACAAGGAUGUGCUCUCGUUGAGAAAAAUCGACUCCGAUAUUGAGGGACAUCCGACGCCGAGAUUGAACUUCAUCGAUGUGGCGACUGGUUCGCUUGGCCAAGGUCUCGGCGCGGCGGCCGGAAUGGCGUACGUCGGAAAAUACAUCGACAAGGCCAGCUAUCGAGUGUAUUGCCUUCUCGGUGACGGCGAAUCCGCUGAGGGUUCGGUGUGGGAAGCGGCCGCGUUCGCAUCCAUCUACAAAUUGGACAAUCUCGUCGCGAUUGUCGAUGUCAACCGAUUGGGACAAUCACAACAGACCUCGUUGGGACAUGAUAUGGACACUUAUAAGGCUCGCUUCGCCGCGUUCGGCUUCAACGCGAUUGUCGUCGACGGGCACAACAUUGACGAGCUUCUCGCCGCCUAUGAGACGGCGCGAAACACCAAAGACAAACCGACGGCGAUUCUCGCGAAGACCUUAAAAGGCAAAGGAAUCGACAACGUCGAGAAUCUCGACAAUUGGCACGGAAAGCCAGUGCCGGCUGAGACGAUCGAGUCGAUCCGCAAACGACUUCACGGAAGCGAAAAAGGGAAAUUGGUGGCGAGAAAGCCGGUCGAUGACGCGCCCAAAAUCGAUUUGAACGUUGGCAACAUUCGAAUGGCGCGUCCGAAUUACGCGUUGGGCGACAAGGUGGCGACGCGUGCCGCCUAUGGAACCGCUUUGGCGAAACUUGGCGAUGCGUCGCCGCGCGUCAUCGGUUUGGAUGGCGACACGAAGAACUCGACGUUCUCUGAUAAACUUCUCAAAGCGCACCCCGAGCAGUUCAUUGAGUGCUUCAUCGCCGAACAGAAUUUGGUCGGUGUUGCCGUUGGAGCUCAGUGCCGCGAUCGCACAAUUCCGUUUACCAGCACAUUCGCCGCUUUCUUCACCCGCGCCACUGAUCAAAUUCGUAUGGCGGCCGUCUCGUUCGCCAAUCUCAAAUGUGUCGGAUCGCACGUGGGCGUGUCGAUCGGCGAAGACGGACCAUCGCAAAUGGCGCUCGAGGAUCUCGCCAUUUUCCGCGCGAUUCCCAACUCGACCGUCUUCUAUCCCACCGACGCCGUCUCCGCCGAACGCGCCACAGAGCUCGCCGCCAACACCAAGGGAAUUGUGUUCAUUCGAACUAGCCGACCGGCGCUUCCCGUUUUGUAUGAGAACGACGAGCCGUUCGCGAUCGGAAAGGCCAAGGUGCUCAGAAAGUCCGACAACGACUCAGUGGUCCUCAUCGGAGCUGGUGUAACAACUUAUGAGGCUCUCAAGGCUGCUGAAAAGUUGGAAACUGAAGGAAUCCAUGCCACCGUCAUCGAUCCAUUCACUAUCAAACCAUUGGAUUCGGCGACGAUCGCUGAAUACGCGAAGAAGGCCGGCGGAAAGGUGUUGACUGUCGAGGAUCAUUAUCCGGCCGGAGGAAUCGGCGAAGCCGUCAGCGCCGCGCUCGCAGAUCUUCCAAUUCGCGUUCGCUCGUUGUGCGUUCGCGAUGUUCCGAGAUCGGGACCACCGGACGAUCUUGUCGACAAAUACGGUAUCUCGGCACGUCAUAUCAUCGACGCCGUCAAGAACUUCGUCUAA